AUGGGCGGAGCUGCCUCUCAUUGGCUGGCGUGACUCCCUCCCGGGACGGAGGACGACGAGGCAGGGCGCCUGCGCGCUUCUUCCCCCUUUCCCGAAAUGUCCGGAGGAGAGCGAACUUUCCAUUGGCUGCGCCAAGGCGUCCAAUCGGAAGAGGCCCGCUGUGAGCGAACAGGCGGACGAGCCAACGGCUUUUUCUUUUGAAUCGGGAGGGGGGGGGCAGAGCGAGAGGCGCCUCCCGGGACGGACGGACAGACCGACGCCCCUGCGCUCGCUCGCUCGCUCGCUUGCUCUCUCCGGCGGACGCCCGCGCGGGAGUUGGCGCGCCUCUCUUCUGUUCUACCGAAGGUCGUCGCCGCCGCCGCCGCCGCCUCGCCCUCCGGGGCGGAAGAGCGAGGCCGCGGGCGCCAUGAGCCCUCCGCUCACCGGCCUGGGGUGGAGCUCCGCCGCCGCCGCCGCGGCCCCCGCGGGAUGGACUCCGGUGAGGGACGAGACCCCCAGGGCGGCCCCGGGUGACCCCGUCCCCCCUCUGCGCUUCCUCGGGGCUCGUCUCCGUCGCUGCCUCAGAGGGGCCCCCGGGUCGCGCUCGCGCCCUUCGCCUUCCCUGAAAGGACGACUAAGCAGAAGGAGGGAGGGAGGGAGGGAGAGAAAACCAUCCGAACGCGCCUUUUAUUUUUACCUCCAUCUUGAGGUUGGUUUAUUCUAGCUAGAGACGCGCCCAAAUUUUCAGUACCAGGUGAGCGACAAGGAAGAGCGGCCCGAGGAAAUGCAGAAGGAGCUACAGAAGAUUGAGAGCCGUCCGUCUGUUGGGCGUCGAGGGAGCCAGGCAUGGGGGCGGGGAACGGCCCAAACCCUCUUGGUUUUAGAGAUUAAGCUCUGCGUCUUUAGUGAAGAGAUAAUAGUGGCCUGCUUUGCAGGGCUGUUGUGAGGACCAUUUAUAAUAUAAUUCUAUACGAAGUGCUUUUGAACAGGAAUUCAAAAUAUUAUUGUUCUGCUGGGGGCAUCUUGAGGAGCCCAGGGCUGAAUGGAGCUUUGGAGUGGGCAGCUGCUAGAGGCCAUACUUAGACGUGACAGUGCUGCUAUAGUAUUUUAUACCAAUGAAUUGCUAGGUCCUCUGGUGUUUUAGACUGAAUAAGAACCUGAGGCUCCACUUUCGGACAUUAUAGCCCCUCUUUCUAGCAUAUGUAUAGUUCUCUUCUGCAUCUCUGCUGGCUAUCUUGCAGCCCUGAAUACAAAGACCAGGUGAACAUAGCUCAUCUGUCAACCAAGCUAAGCAGAUGACAAUUAAAGGUCAUCUGACAGUUUGGCAACAGAUUCUUGACUUGGUUUCAGUUAGUCAGCAACAUGUAUGUGCCCAUCAGCAUUGCUGCAGUGUUGACGUUUCACUCCACGCACAUUAAACUGGUUUGGCUACAGUGUGGCCUGGCUUGUUCAUUCAGUAACUUCUUGCUUCCUGAUGUUCUGAGCUGUAGUCCAAAGGUUACAAAACCAUGGACUGGUUUGCUUUCUGCCCCACCCAUGGCACUGUGUCCAUCCUUCACACCUGCUUGUGUCAUUGUUCUGUUUAAUAAGCAGCACCUGUUCUGCAGGAGAGUUCCUGUGGCACAAUUUCUUUAAAACAUGGCUUUUUAAGGCUCUGUGGAUUUAUUAUUAUUGUUAUAAGGCUCUGUGGAUAUUAACUUGCAAAAUCUAUUUUCUCCCUGUGACCCUUUCUCAAGCAAAUAGAUCAAGACAGUCCUUUUGCCUGUCGCUUCAUAGAUGUUUUGAUCUCUCCUGCUGUCUCUAGAUCACAUCCACUGUAGAAGGAGCACCUGCAAACUUUGGAAAGGGAUUUGCACAGAAAUCUGGUUACUUCCUAUGCUCUACAUCAGCUAUAAACAGUGAGGUAAGGAGGAUGCCAGGGUUGCGGAGAGAAGCUUGGUGCCAGUAAUGUCCUGGUCGUUGUCCUCCUGGUCGUUGUCCUCUUCCGAUCACCACACAAACGCUUCUUGUUCUUUUAUAACUUUUUAUUGUGUAUUAACAAACAAACUUUUAAACGCUCCUUAUCUUUAACUAUUCUUCCUCAGUCACUUAUUUCAGAUACCUUCUGAGCUCUGCUUCUUGGUGACCAGCCACCUUCAAAAUGGCGAAGGUGCCCUUUCCUUUGCUUUCCUGCUCUUUUUCCUACCCUCCUGGCUAGAGCUGGCUUGUAUCUCCCCUCCUCCGAAUCUGAGCUAGAACUGAACCCUUGCCUUUCCUGGGAACAGCCGGUCCCUCCCUCUUGUUCCUCUUGCUCUCUUCUGUUAGAUUCAUUGCUCUCCUCCCCCCCUUGGGGACAACAUUCUCCCUCUGGGAAACUGGAAACUUCUAACUCUUCCCUGACAAGUAACUCAGUGCUGCUGGACUUUAUGAAUUCUGCUUCUUUUCAGAACCCCACAGGAGAUGUACUUUAUGAUGUCAUAAUCCUGAGUGAGAAAACCCCACUGCCUUACGGAUACACUUACGCUAAGGAAUUUUUGGAUCCCAGUAAGUCUGCCUAUUCAUUGAUACUGUUUUGGUAUAAAUCUGUUUAUAACAACAGGUCUUCAGCACAAACUAACCAAGAAUAGCUUACAUUUCCAUGUAUGUACCUAAGAUACUUUGUGGUCCUGGGCUACAACAGCUAUCCUGUAGGGUUAGCUUGUAUCCCUUUGACCCGGCAUAGGCAAGCUCAGGCCCUCCAGAUGUUUGGGAUUACAAUUCCCAUCAUCCCUGACCACUGGUCCUGUUGGCUAGGGAUGAUGGGAAUUGUAGUCCCAAACAUCUGGAGAGCUGGAGUUUGCCUAUGCCUGCCUAUGACUUAUUACAUAAGUGUGUGUUGCUGUUAUAACAGUGUAGAACAAAACCUUUGUUGCUGCCCUCUGUGAAGGAGCCUUCCCAGACCUGCUGAAAGGCAGUUAUUUAAACUGCUUUAAACAACAUAUUUGGACCUGGCCAAUAUGGCCAACUAUUGCCCAGUCUCAAAUCUACCAUUCUUGGGCAAGGUGAUUGAGCAGGUGGUUGCUGAACAACUCCAGGCACACCUGCAGGAUGUGGACCAUUUGGAUCCCUUCCAGUUUGGAUUCAGGCCUCAUCAUGGGACUGAAACCGCCUUGGUCGACGAUCUCUGGCAGGCUAGGGACAAAGGUGAAAGCUGUUUCCUAGUUCUUCUGGUUUUCUGAGCGGCCUUUGAUACCAUCGACCAUGACAUCCUUCUGGACCAUGUAGAGGAGCUGGGGGCACUGUUAUACAGUGAUUCCGCUCCUUCCUCCUGGGCCGUGUUCAGAAAGUGGUGGUGGGGCAUGAGUGUUCAGACCCCUGGGCUCUCACUUGUGGGGUGCCUCAGGGUUCCGUCCUCUCCCCCAUGCUUUUUAACAUCUACAUGCAGCCGCUGGGAGAGAUUAUCAGGGGGUUUGGGCUGGGUGUUCAUCAAUAUGCGGAUGAUACCCAGCUCUACCUUUCUUUUAAAUUGGAACCAGUGAAGGCGGUGAAUGUCCUGUGAGUGUCUGGAGGUGGUUGGAGGAUGGAUGGCGGCUAACAGAUUGAGGUUAAAUCCUGAAAAGACAGAAGUACUGUUUUGCGGGGACAGGAGGUGGGCUGGUGUGGAGGACUCCCUGGUCCUGAAUGGGGUAACUGUGCCCCUGAAGGACCAGGUGCGUAGCCUGGGAGUCAUUCUGGACUCACAGCUGUCCACGGAGGUGCAGGUCAAUUCUGUGUCCAGGGCAGUUGUCUUCCAGCUCCAUCUGGUACACAGGCUGAAACCCUAUCUGCCCGCGGACUGUCUCACCAGAGUGGUGCAUGCUCUAGUUAUCUCCCGCUUGGACUACUGCAAUGCGUUCUAUGUGGGGCUACCUUUGAAGGUGACCCAGAAACUACAACUAAUCUAGAAUGUGGCAGCUAGACUGGUGACUGGGAGUGGCUGCCGAGAUCAUAUAACACCGGUCUUGAAAGACCUACAUUGGCUCCCAGUACGUUUCUCAGCACAUUUCAAAGUGCUGGUGCUGACCUUUAAAGCCCUAAAUGGCCUUGGUCCAGUAUACCUGAAGGAGCAUCUCCACCUCCAUCGUUCUGCCCGGAGACUGAGGUCCAGCUCCGAGGGCCUUCUGGCGGUUCCUUCGCAGCGAGAAGCCAGGUUACAGGGAACCAGGCAGAGGGCCUUCUCGGUAGUGGCACCUGCCUUGUGGAACGCCCUCCCACCAGAUGUCAAAGAGAAAAACAACUACCAAACUUUUAGAAGGCAGCCCUGUUUAGGGAAGCUUUUAAUGUUUAAGUGGCUUUCUGAUUGUUGAGGCUAUUUUUCUUUUUUUUUUUUUUAAAUGAUAUUUAUUAAAGUUUCACAAAAAUACAGAAAACAAAGAAAAAAGUAUAAAUUACAGCAAAAAAGUAAAAAGUAAGAAAAAAACAUACAAAAUAAAACAGUUAAAAACACAAUAAUGUUCCAUAACCUAUCUUCCUUACUCUUAUUUCCCCAGACCUCCUCAUACCUCCCUUCUUUGUAUUCCAAUUCAGUUUGUUGGUUCAGCAAAUCCUUACCAUUAAUCUUUUACCCAAUUGUUAACCUUUUUUUUCCAUGUCUCUUAAAGCAUUACAGCUAAAAACCUCUUAAUUUCUAUCCAGCAUCCUUCUAAAGUUCCUUAAUUUUACAAUAUUUCUGUAAAUAGUCCUUAAAUUUUUUCCAGUCUUCUUUCACCGACUCUUCUCCCUGGUCUCGGAUUCUGCCAGUCAUUUCCGCCAAUUCCAUGUAGUCAAUCACCUUCAUCUGCCAUUCUUCCAAAGUGGGUAGAUCUUGUGUCUUCCAAUACUUUGCGAUAAGUAUUCUUGCUGCUGUUGUAGCAUACAUGAAAAAGGUUCUGUCCUUCUUUGGCACCAGUUGGCCGACAAUGCCCAAGAGAAAGGCCUCUGGUUUCUUCAGAAAGGUAUAUUUAAAUACCUUUUUCAGUUCAUUAUAUAUCAUUUCCCAGAAAGCCUUAAUCUUUGGGCACGUCCACCAAAGGUGAAAGAAUGUACCUUCAGUUUCUUUACAUUUCCAACAUUUAUUAUCGGGCAAAUGAUAGAUUUUUGCAAGCUUGACUGGGGUCAUGUACCACCUGUAUAUCAUUUUCAUAAUAUUCUCUCUUAAGGCAUUACAUGCCGUAAACUUCAUACCUGUGGUCCAUAACUGUUCCCAGUCAGCGAACAUAAUAUUAUGUCCAACAUCUUGUGCCCAUUUAAUCAUAGCAGAUUUCACCGUUUCAUCCUGAGUAUUCCAUUUCAACAGCAAGUUAUACAUUCUUGACAAAUUUUUAGUUUUGGGUUCUAACAAUUCUGUUUCUAAUUUUGACUUUUCCACUUGGAAGCCUAUUUUCUUAUCCAAAUUAUAUGCCUCCAUUAUGUUGAGGCUAUUUUUCUACAUCUCUUUUUAAAGCUAUUAAGACUUCUGUCUCUUAAUAGCUUUGGUCACUUUAGCAGUAUCACAGCUUACAGCUUUGAGAUAACAAAAUUCCAUUCCUGUGAAUACAGUGUCAGCUAGCAAAGUAGCUUUUAAUUUCUUAAACACAUUUUUGUCAAAGGGGGGGAAAUCCACUUAAAGCUUCACAGAGGUUCCCCUUGUCUGUUUAAAACUUUCUCAUUUCACACCAUAAAUCCUGCUUUUUGUCACUUUUUCUCAACGCCUUAAACAGUAGCUUUCUUUCCUUUAUUAUGAAAAGCAGUUAACUCACCAGGUGUCAGUUUUCACUGACAGACACAGAAACUCGUUUAGGUUGUAAAUUAUCCCAUUCUGAAGAAAAUUAAGAAAGGGAGGCGUUUGUAUGGCUUUGUAGUGUGGUUUGGGCAAGAUGAUGGUCCUCUGCUUCCAGUCACUUGACCCACAGGGCAGGAAAACAACCCUCUGGCAGAGAGGAAAAACUUUUCAAAGCAAGAGGGUAAUCCCUUUAUUUCAACUUUUCGGAGGGAAAGCUGCCAGCCAAAUGUGCGUGCAAUACCUACCUCCAUAGGUAAGGAGCCAACGAAAGACUUUCAAUCCACCAUGAUUCCUCCCUUGGAAGUCCAUUCCUGUUACAGCUUUGGUUGGUCAUUUAGUCCUUUUCUUGAUCCUCCAUGGGGGAACUUUGUACUGCCUCUCAUUUUUUAAUUGGUUAUGAUGAUAAGGGAUAAUGGAACAAUUAAUCUACUUCUUGAGGAUAUUUUUCUUUUUUGCCCUCGGGCACAGAUGAACUUUACACAUGUAAAUGGGAACCAAAUCAUUUUCUCAUGUUCCACAUGGCCUUGUGACUGGGACAAGGCAGAACUGUGCAAGUUUGUUCAGCUUAGUUUUGACUCAUAUAUAUCUGCCCAAACUCAAAACUACUGCAUUUGUCAACCUAUUAUUUAUUUAACAAUAUUUGAAUACUGUUUCCUUAGGCUAAGUGGCUCCUAUACCUGAAGUAUCCCUUAAAGAUGCUGACCUUUCUGCUGAGGCAGAAGAUGCUAUAAAUAUAUUUGAUCAUAAUCUUUGUAUAUUUCUUUAUAAACCCUAAUGAAAACAUAUUUAUUUAUUUUAAAUAAUCUAAAAGAAGACACACAGGAAAAGGGAGGAAGAAUGUUCAUCUCAUAAUCGAGAUAUAUCAAAAGUUAGGUCUGAGGACUGAAUCUGUUCUAAGUUUAUUUUGUAAUUAUUGAAAGUAACCGAUUUCCAGCAGAUUAAAUUACUACAGCAUGUUUACCCGUGAGCAGGUAUUUCAGGCAUCAUAAAACUAGCCAAGCACUGUUCUGCGAGAAAGCAAAUGGAGCCUGAUUUUUAUGAUCCUGGAAUCUGUGGCUCUUGUCUUAACUGUGAGAACAAAUAUGGAAAAACACCUGCUCCACAUAAGAACAGUGUUCAAAUAAAAUCGAGUCGUAAUUGAAUCUCUCUCUGUGGGGAAGGACUUCUAUAUGUCAUUUGCAUAUUCUUUUACCUUCCCCUCCACCUUUGGAUGCAUAAGCCCAUCUAAGGAAGGCAAGGUGUUGGUGUUAUUCUGGUCAUUUGGGUGUAAUCUCCUCUUCCUGCUUCCCUGCUGCAGAAACCUCCCUCUCCAAGAAGAAGAGACUGUGCGUCAAGCUGAUUCCAUUGACUGCAGCUGAAACAGCUGUGUUUGACAUCUUGCUGAGUAGCAAACAUAAAGUGAUCCCAAAUUAUAUGCGGAUAGGGUGAGGCACUCAAUCUAUAGUCAUUGUUCUCAUGUUGUAGCUCCUGGGAGACAUGCUUUUGUUCUAACCAUAUUCUUCUCAUCUAGGGAAAUGAGUGGAUUUGCACUUUGGUGUAAAAAGGAGCCCAUUCUCAAGCCCAAGCCCCUUCCCAAGCCACGGAAAGUGAGCCUAGAAAUGAAGCACCUUUCAUUAGAACCAGAUGGGUAAGUUUUGGACUUGCUGUAGAUUAUGUCCAACUUUUGUCACAAGCACAUCAUUCUUGAUGUUAUGUGAGCCACCAUGAUUUCCCAUCUUCACUGGGAUAGGCUCUAUCCUAUAGAAAGUAAAACGUUAGGCCAGAUUCUUGAACCAUCCAAAUGCCAAUUGUUCUCACCUGCUUUUCUCAGUUUUAACGUUCAUUCACAAAAAGAGAUCAACUAAGUUGCCAGACCAGAUUGCCACCUGUUGGUUCAGGGUGUUUGAGCUUUCGGCACAUGCGUUCCAGCUUCCAGGCUUCUGUGGGAGGCAAAUUGCUGGUGAGGAUAAGCAUGAACUGCGGCAGAGAGCCUGUUACCUCUGUCCCCUUUAUUUGCAUAGGGUGGGCAGCAGAUGGAAAUUUUACCAGCACCAUAACAACUGUCUUAAUGUUUCUAAAACUGGAUGUAUGGCUUCUUUUAUUAACAACAAAAAAUAAUCUCUGGAAGGAGAGGUGUAGCUGUUAAUCUAGUUUUGUGUGUAAACUGAAUUGAAACCCCUAAUUUACCCAUCUUACCAUUACAGCUGUCCUGAAUCUUUGCCAAUAAGUACAUGGUACCACUGAAUUAGUGGGGCAGACCAGUGACCAAUGCUAUUUGUAAUCCUUUUUUAAUUAGAGCUGAUUUAUGGUGGUAGAGGCAGGACUAUGAUGAUGUUGAUGGUGAUAAUAUUUAUGUAACCCAUCUGGCUGGGUUUCCCAACAUUGGCUUUUCAUCCUACUUUAGCUUAUUGACUAAAAAUAGUUGGGUGCACUUAGCUUCUGCCCUUAUAAAUUUAUACCCCCGUUUCAUUUUGCAUUAUUUGUUUUUGUUUUUUAUAAUAUUUUUAUUAAGUUUUCAACAAAAGUAACAAAAAAUAAAAAUAAAACACAAACAGUAACAAAUGCAAUAACAUCCAUAAACAAAGAAAAUUAUACAUAAAACCAUAUCAAUUCCAUAAAGUGGGAUUCUCUGAAUCCCCUGCCUUCCCUCCCCCCCAUUCCUCGUUCGCUACAUUUCUUAUCAACUAUAUUUCAUUUCUACUCCAAUUUUUUUCUAGCCUCAAAUUUCCCAUACUAUUUCUAAAAUUACAAGUGUUCUUAAAAUCCUGACAAUGUAUUUAUCAGUUUACAAUACUUUUGCAAAUACAUAAUAAACAUUUCCCAUUAUUUUUUAAAUUUCCUGUCAUUUUGAUUUCUGAAGCUUUCCAGUUAGUUUCGCCAUUUCAGCAUAAUCUAUUAACUUGGUUUGCCACUCUUCUUUAGAUGGGACUGCUUCUUCUUUCCAUCUUUGGGCUAACAGCAUUUGAGCAGCCUUUCAUAGCAUACAUAAACAAUUUUUUCUGAUCUUUUGAAAUUUCUGCUCCUACAAUACCUAAUAGAAAGGCUUCUGGUUUUUUUAAUAAAGGUUAUUCUAAACAUUUUUUUUUUCAUUUCAUUAUAUAUCAUUUCCCCAAAAUUUUUAACCUUCCUACAUUCCCACCACAUAUGAUAAAACGUACCCUCUUUUUCUUUACAUUUCCAACACUUACUAGAUCCUGUUCUUUUCAUAGCAUAUUAACAACCAAUCUUAUAAAUGGUUCUAUUAUUCCUCAGAAGGGACGCGGGUGGCGCUGUGGGUUAAACCACAGAGCCUAGGACUUGCCGAUCUGAAGGUCGGCGGUUCGAAUCCCCCCGACGGGGUGAGCUCCCGUUGCUCGGUCCCUGCUCCUGCCAACCUAGCAGUUCGAAAGCACGUCAAAGUGCAAGUAGAUAAAUAGGUCCAGCGGGAAGGUAAACGGCGUUUCUGUGCGCUGCUCUGGUUCACCAGAAGCGGCUUAGUCCUGCUGGCCACAUGACCCAGAAGCUGUACGCUGGCUCCCUCGGCCAGUAAAGCAAGAUGAGUGCCGCAACCCCAGAGUCGGCUACGACUGGACCUAAUGGUCAGGGGUCCCUUUACCUUUUUAUUAUUCCUCAGAGUCACUUAUUUCAGAUACCUUCUGAGCUCUGCUUCUCGGUGACCAGCCACUCUCAAAAUGGCGAAGGCGCCCUUCCCUUCGCUUUCCCGCUCUUUUUCCUACCCUCCUGGCUAGAGCUGGCUUGUAUCUCCCCUCCUCCGAAUCUGAGCUAGAACUGAACCCUUGCCUUUCCUGGGAACACCCUGUCCCUCCCUCUUGUUCCUCUUGCUCUCUUCUGUUAGAUUCACUGCUCUCCCUCUGGGAAACUGGAAACUUCUAACUCUAACUCUUCCCUGACAUGACCUUCCAGAUCCAACAGGUCAUUUUUAAAAAUUAUCCAAUCCCAGCUCCAGGAAAUGCAGGGUGCCUCCUCUGUCUUUAACAUCUAUCAAUAAUUUAUGUUUUAUUCUUGGUUUCUUCCCUCUCCAGAUGAAUCUUGAAAUAUGUCUUUGCCAUUCUUAGAAGCAGCUCACAUUGCUUAUCACCAGGACUAUAAAUAAAUGAAAUAAAAACAGCAAUUUUGGCAAUACGUUCAUCUUGAUCACUGUUAUGCUGCCUAGUAAUGACAAAUUACAGUGGUGCCUCGCAAGACGAAAAGAAUCCGUUCCGCGAGUCUCUUUGUCUUGCGGUUUUUUCGUCUUGCGAAGCAAGCCCAUUAGCGGAUUAGCGCUAUUAGCGGGCUUAGCGGAUCAGCCGAUAAGCGGCUUAGUGGCUUAACGGAUCAGCUGUUACGCGGCUUAGCGGAUCAGCUGAUAAAUGGCUUAGUGGCUUAACGGAUCAGCUGUUAAGCGCCUUAGCGGAUCAGCUGAUAAGCGGCUUAGUGGCUUAACGGAUCAGCUGUUAAGCGGCUUAGCGGAUCAGCUGAUAAGCGGCUUAGUGGCUUGGGGAAAAGUGGGGGGGAGGGAAAAAACCCCGCAGGAACUCGCAAGACAUUUUCGUCUAGCGGGUUUUCCGUCUUGCGAGGCAUUCGUCUUGCGGGGCACCACUGUAAUCUUUCCCCAGGUUUCCAUUUUCCUUUUUAUUUCUUUCCAUAAUUUUUCAUAAUUAUCUUUAAAUAUAUUCUUAGCUGUCAACUCUAUUCCCAGGUAUUUGACUUUUUAACAUAUAUUUAUCUCUGUCUUCUGCUGUAUCUCCUUUUUAUGUUGCUCUGAAACAUUCUUCACAAAGAGUUUGGUCUUAUUAUUACUCAGUUUAAAACCUGAUAAUUGUACAAAUUCCUGUAUUUUUUCUAAUACUUUCAAUAAUGAAUUUAUGGGUCCUCAACCAUUAUUACAAGGUCAUCUGCAAAUGCUUUCAACUUGUAUGCUUUAUUUCCUACUGUUAUUCCUCUUAUGGUUUCAUCUGCUCUUAUGUUUCUCACCAGGACUUCUAAUAUUAAAAUAAACGAAAAUGGUGACAAGGGGCAUCCUUGUUUUGUCCCUUUCAUGAUACUACAUUUUUCAGUAGUAACAUUAUUCAAAAUUAAUCUUGAUUGUUGCUCUCAGUAAAUUGCAUCUAUUCCUCUUCUAACCCUUUCUUCUAAUUCCAUCUUUUCUAAAACCUUAUGCAUAAAUGACCAAGAAAUAUUAUCAAAUGCCUUUUCGGCAUCAAUAAACAUGAAUGCUGCUUGUUUUUCAUUUCUUACUUCCAGGUAUUCUGUGACAUCAAUCAUAUUCCUUAUAUUAUCCUUCAUCUGACGUCCUGGAAGAAAUCCUGCCUGGUCAUAUAUAACAAGAUUCCUUUCAAUCUAUUGGCCAUAAUAUUUUACAAAUAAUUUAUAAUCGUUAUUUAAUAAGGAAAUUGACCUAUAAUUCUUAGUUAAUAACAAAUCAGUCUCUUGCUUCAGAAUUAAUGUAAUAAAGGCCUCUUUCCAAGUCUCUGAUACUUUUCCUACUUUUAAAAUUCUGUUCAUUAAAUUUGGCAAUGGUUGCAAUAAACAAUCCUGUAAUUUUUUAUAAUAUUUUGAUGUUAAUCCAUUCUGUCCUGGUGACUUCCCUAUCUUUGCUUAUUUGAUUGCAUCGGCUUCCUCAGAGAUAUUUAAUAGUGCAUUUAAUAUAAUUUUGGUUUAAUACAGUCGUACCUCGGGUUACAAACACCUCUGGUUACAAACACUUCAGGUUACAGACUACGCUAACCCGGUAGUACCUCGGGUUGAGAACUUUGCCCUAGGAUGAGAACAGAAAUCAUUUGCUGGCAGCGCGGCAGCAGCAGGAGGCCCUAUUAGCUAAAGUGGUACCUCAGGUUAAGAACGGACCUCCAGAACGAAUUAAGUUCGUAACCAGAGGCAUCACUAUAAAACCACUCCUCACUUCUUAGUUUUGUCUGAAGUUAUAAAUUCCAUUCUAAUUCUUUUAUUUCUCAAGACCCUUCUAUGUCUCUUGGCCACAUGAGUUUCUUGUCAACAAACUAUAUCUAGAUUUUGUUUCAGUAUUACGUGUUCAAUUUUAUUCCUUUUUACUUUGCUAUUUAAUCCACUUACAUUCCAGUUUAAUAUCUUCCUAUCAGCCAUUUUAAUUGUCAAUUAUUAACGCCUUGUUUUUUCUUUUCUUUCUUCUUGCUUAUCUAUACUAUGCUUUUCUUCCUCACCUCCUACCACUCCCUCUGGUUCUGUCAACGGUUUAGUCUCUCCUAACUCCUUUCGCUAUGUCCUCAAAAAUUUCUGGGCCUCCUCUAUGUCAGUGAAUCUACGUUUCUUGUUUUUGUAUGUGAAGGAAAUCCCUUCUGGAAAUUUCCAUCGAUACAGUAUUAUGUGGUUUCUCAGGGCAUCUGUCAGAAAUGUAUAAUUAAUGUGUUUUUUAAGAAGGCAUGCAGGAAUUUCCUUCAGGAUAAUAAUAUUUUUACCUCCAAUUUGCAAUCUGUUCAUAUAAUUGGUUUGUAUUAUUCUAUCCUUAAUAGUUCUUGAGUUAAAGGUCACCAGACAAUAUCCUGGCGAUUUUUUAAUCUGCAAAUUUUGAAUUCACCUGACAAUUGAACCAUCCAAGAAUUCUUAUUCAAUUUGUAGCCAUUUUGCUAACACCUUAGUUAAGUAUUCUCUUAAAUCCUGUUUGCCUUCUUCUGGGACACCUCUCAGCCUAAGAACCAAUUCCCUCUGCUUCAUUUCCAAAUUGAUUUUUUGCAGGUUUGCAUUAUCACUGUGUAACAAUUUCCUCUGAUUGCCAUAUUGCAUUUUAACUGUAUUUGAAUAUUUCAAAAUAUUGAUGGUUUUUAUAAAGGAACAAUAGUAAUGCCAGUCAGAAAAUUUUAGAUGACUAGGUGGAAGCUGACUGCAUCAGCACCCCCAAGUUAAGGCAAAGAAGUUGUUUCCCAUUCACUGGAACCUUCUGUAGGUAUAUGGUUGUAUCCAUUGCUACUUCAGCUCAAAAAAUCAAGUCCAUUAAUUUCACUGGGUUUACGCUGAGUUUUUAAGUUAGUUUGCUACAACCCUUAGCCUUUUGUUGUAUUAGCCAGUCAGAGCUGGUAACACCCCCCCCCCCCGUUUCCGGAUGGUGAGCAGCAGCCUUGAUUAUGACAUGCUGUGCUUUGAAGAAGCUGCAGGUAUCUCCAAGGCUCAGCACGACAAAGAACCAACCCAUGGUCUCAUUAGCUGUGGAUGGGGGCACAUCCUAUCAUACUGAGUACUGCAAGGCUCAGUGAGUGAAUCUUGCCAGAAUAAAAGAAAAAGUAAUUUGCUGUCUGCAUUUGUUCAGAACAUGCAACCCCAAACAAAUUGGAAAAAUACUACAGAGAAAGCUAGCAUAGAAGAUGAGAAACUCAUUGUGUGGCACUCUUGAGAGAGUCUGGCUUGUAAUUCAUCAGGAGUCUUUAUAAGAUUGCUGUGAACAACUUUCUAAUCUAAUCCUGCAGUGUAGUCCUUCCAUCAGAAAAGCCUGUGGUUCCACCCGGUCCCAAAAGGCAACCUACCCUGAAGCGGAAUGAGUCUAUAUAUGACACUUCAAACGUCUAUGGCAUCUCAGGUAGGUAUCCAGAAUUCUAUGGGCUGAGGCACUAAAACUUAGUUUGCUUUGUGUGAGUUGCUUUUUCCUUGAGAGCUCUCUCUCUACUUUGCUUAGGAGCAGAGAUUGCUACUUUUUCAGAACCUGUCUUGCACAGACUCUUGGGCUGCUCUUGCUUUCAUAGGAAAAUGGCAAAACAGCAUUGUGAUUGAGUGGAGCAUUUUGCCCUGUAGAUGAGGGGUGGCAAAUGUUUCCUUGUCCAUUACACUGUCACAUGAAUAACCUAACUCUUUUUCUCCCUCUUAGCCAUGGAUGGAGUGCCCUUCACCCUGCACCCCAAGUUUGAGAGCAGCAUCUCCAAGGGCACAAAUGUAAGAAUUAGUCUCAGUUCCAAGUGUGUUGUCAGUACUGUAGGAUCUGCCUUUAAGGGAAGAUGGGGGUGGUAAUCAGAACUUGUUUUCCAGAGGGAAUGGUGGUAAGAGUUUUUAGUUGUGCCAACAUUGGUUUUGAGGUGAGGUCUUGGGAAAUUAAGAUGUGGUGAGGCAAAAAUAAUUGCUUUGCUCUUUAUUUUCUAGGCCUAUUCUCUGUUUAAAAGCUUGCAUAUCAAAUCUCUUGCCGAUAUUGAGAAAGAGGUAAGCAGCAGUUGAGGCUUUUCAAUGUACUUAUUAAGCUGUCCUUAAGAGAAAUUUUGAGACUAUCAUUCCUGUGUUGUCUACUCUAGAUAGAGUUGUGUGAUGUGAUUUAUAAAGGCUGUUUUGUUUUGCUUUCAGUACAACUAUGGCUUUGUCGUCGAAAGAACUGCUGCUGCUAGACUCCCCCCCAGCAUCUCCUAGCAUCAGUAAUUUGUUUGACAGUGUGCCUUUUUGCUAUCGGGACUCCUAGCCCAUUCACCACAUACGUGUUCUUUAAAAAGAAAUAACUAGCAGGUACAUUACUUUAGCAGCUCAAGUUUGUAAAUAUAAUCUUGCCUGAUGGCAGCUAAUGCUACCCCCUAUACUGUAUUUCUUGCUGAUAAGUAUCAAACUUCUGUACAGUGUAUAUGUUUUACGUUCUAUGCAAAGCACUAUUUUUAUGAGCAGAUUUUAGCUUUACCUUUAAAAAUAUUAAUGGCCUUUCUGAGUAGGCUGCCUCGUAUAUAAUGAAAGUAUGACUUCCAUAGAAAUACAACACUAAUUUUAACUGAAAGUGAAAUGAGAAGACUUCCAGCCCCAAACUCCCAGGAUGUUGAAUUGGGCACAAUAGGAAAGGAUUUUAUCACAAAGAAAACUCCAGCCAUAUUUCAAAAUGCACUGAUUGCCAUUUAAUUACCAAAUCCCAUGACCACCUUUUGAGGAGUGUAGGGGUAGUAUAAAAGUCAGCAGGUGCUGUCAUGUCUGGGAAACAAGUGGAGCUUGGUGUAGCCCCAGGGGCAUCGCCUUUGUUGUGGUUUCCAAAACAGCACAAUGGGGAAGUCGCCUGCCAGUACCAAACUGGAGUAAGAGAGGGCUGUCCAAAGAAUAAAUAUUCUUCUUGC